ACGAUUGUUGUUGAAGACAUAUCUAUCUAACAGUGGUCAGCGAUGCAUUGGUUCAAUCAGAUCAUCGGCGCCCAAUCAGUUAACUAGUGGUCUCCUGGACAUCAACAGCCUUUUCCCUUCACGCAUGAUUUCGCACUACUUCUCUACUGCACAGACGAAUUAUAAUGAAGACGUCCGAGCAUUCUAGCGGAUCUGAUGCAUCAUCAACUAUCUGUGGUUUCAUGGCUUGCUUAAGUCGCUUCUUCCUUUGCUUUACUCUGGCACGUGACAGUGCGAUCAGAUACAAGUACGCAUGUGAAAAUAUCGUGGUCGGCGCUUUCCUGAUACUUUUUCAGGUCGGCUUGAUGCCCUCGGACUUGAAGCUCUCAUCUCUUUGCCACGCGCAUUCAUUCGUGACAGAUGCAUACACUGACCCCAUAAGUGCCUUUUUUAAAUUUUCAUGCUCGAUAUUGUUGAACCAUGCCUGCACAGUGCUUCCUUCCACUCUUGACCUACGAUUCUGUACUACUUCUCUCCUGUCCAGAUGGAUGAAAUGGGGGCACGUGUCUGGCCGGUUACGCUUAUAUCUAUGACCCUCAGACAUUCAACAGUAAGGGCCUGACUCACAAGCACCUUCGAAGGUGGACAGCGUGGAGAGGGACAAUCAGCGAUGAAUCAAUUCAGGGACUACAUUGGCUAUUCUAAUGACUUCUCAGGCACAACUCUGUCGUAUGGCGCCGCUGAGAGAAGGCGAGAGUCAAUAUACUGCAGA